GCUAGCCUGACAUAGGACGCGCAGAAAGAUUCUCGCGAGAUUUGAGUCAACCCUGUCCUGCUCAGUAGUGCAAGAUGGAGAAGUGAAAUGAACACGCAUGAAGAUUGUUUUAGAAGACCAUACAACUAGCAGGAGAAAAAAGGAUGGAGCUAAUAAACCAAAGCAGUUUCUGGUAUUGCAAAUGAAACAUGCUGUUAAGUGGGUAUUGUGAAAUUACUUACUGAGCAACACAUAGAGAGUAGCGACCAUGAAGGUCGACAGAAGCAAGUUGAAGAAAACCCCCACAGAAGCUCCUGCGGACUGCAGGACGCUGAUAGAGAAGCUUAAGGGAUGCAGCGACGAGCAACUGCUGCUGGAGCUGCAGCACAUCAAGACCUGGAAUAUUGGCAAGUGUGAGCUGUACCACUGGGUGGACCUGCUGGACCGAUUCGAUGGCAUCCUGUGCGACGCGGGCCAGACGGUGGAGAACAUGUCGUGGCUGCUGGUGUGUGACCGGCCGGACAACGGGCAGCUCAAGGCCCUGCUGCUGGCCGUGCUCAACUUCACGGCCCUGCUCAUCGAGUACAGCUUCUCCAGGCACCUCUACAGCUCCAUAGAGCACCUGACCACCCUGCUGGCGUCCUGCGACAUGCAGGUGGUGCUGUCGGUGCUGAACCUCCUCUACGUGUUCAGCAAGCGCUCCAACUACAUCACCAGACUGGGAUCGGACAAGAGGACCCCCCUACUGGCCCGUCUACAGCACCUGGCCGAGAGCUGGGGAGGGAAGGAGAAUGGCUUUGGCCUGGCCGAGUGCUGCAGGGACCUGCCCAUGACGAAGUACCCUCCCAGUGCCACCACGCUACACUUUGAGUUCUAUGCUGAACCCGGGCCCGAGGUCAAAGUGGAGAGGAAGCAGACCAGUAGUAACACACUACACUACAUCCACAUUGAACAGCUGGACAAGAUCUCUGAGAGCCCGUCUGAGAUCAUGGAGUCCCUGACGGUGAUGUACAACAUCCCGAAGGACAAGCAGACCCUGCUGUUCACACACAUCCGUCUGGCCCACGGCUUCUCCAACCACAAGAAGAGACUGCAGGCCGUACAGGCGCGCCUACAUGCCAUCUCCAUACUUGUUUACUCCAACGCACUCCAGGAGUCCGCCAACAGUAUUCUGUACAACGGCUUGAUAGAGGAGCUGGUGGAUGUGCUGCAGAUCACAGACAAACAGCUUGUGGACAUCAAGGCAGCGUCUCUGCGCACGCUCACCUCCAUCGUGCACCUGGAGAGGACGCCCAAGCUGUCCAACAUCAUCGACUGCACCGGCACCGCCUCCUACCACGGCUUCCUGCCCGUGCUGGUGCGCAACUGCAUACAGGCCAUGAUAGACCCCCUGAUGGAGCCCUACCCGCACCAGUUUGCCACGGCCCUGUUCUCCUUCCUCUACCACCUGGCCAGCUACGACGCCGGGGGCGAGGCCCUGGUCUCCUGCGGCAUGAUGGAGGCCCUGCUGAAGGUGAUUAAGUUCCUGGGGGACGAGCAGGACCAGAUCACCUUUGUGACGCGGGCAGUCCGGGUGGUGGACCUCAUCACCAACCUGGACAUGGCUGCCUUUCAGUCCCACAGCGGCCUUACCAUCUUCAUCAGCAGACUGGAGCAUGAGGUGGACCUUUCCAGGAAAGAGUGCCCUUUCGUCAUCAAGCCAAAGAUCCAGAGGCCCGGGGCGUCGGCCGAGUCUGAGGACAUGGACACAGACAUGGACGUGUCUGAGGUUGCCAUGGAGAGCAGCCCGGGGCCCUCCUCCGGCCCCGCCUCCGCCAAGCCCGACUCAGACAGCCGGGCGCAGAGCAGCGCGCCGCGACCAGGUGUGCAGUGCAUCCCCCAGAGAGCCGCUCUGUUGAAGUCCAUGCUCAACUUCUUAAAGAAAGCUAUCCAAGACCCCGCCUUCUCUGACGGCAUCCGCCACGUAAUGGACGGGUCCUUGCCUACCUCACUCAAGCACAUCAUCAGUAAUGCCGAGUAUUACGGGCCCUCUCUCUUCCUGCUGGCUACGGAGGUGGUGACUGUGUUUGUGUUCCAGGAGCCGUCUCUCCUCUCCUCCCUGCAGGAUAACGGCCUCACUGAUGUCAUGCUGCAUGCCCUCCUCAUCAAAGACUCUCUCUCUCUGCAGGUGCCCGCCACGCGCGAGGUGCUGGGCUCCCUCCCCAACGUGUUCAGCGCCCUGUGCCUGAACGCGCGUGGCCUGCACUCCUUCGUCCAGUGUCAGCCCUUCGAGCGCCUGUUCAAGGUGCUGCUCUCGCCGGACUACCUGCCCGCCAUGCGCCGCCGCCGCAGCUCCGACCCGCUAGGCGACACGGCGUCGAACCUGGGCAGCGCUGUGGACGAGCUGAUGAGACACCAGCCUACUCUGAAGACCGACGCCACCACCGCCAUCAUCAAGUUACUGGAGGAGAUCUGUAACCUGGGACGCGCCCCGGAGUACAUCUGCCAGAAGCCGUCCAUCCAGAAGGCUGACGGCACGGUGGCCGUGCCCCCGGCCCGCUCCAGCCACGCGGCCGAGGAGGCGUCCAGUGAGGACGAGGAGGAGGAGGAGGCUCUGCACACCUUCAGCCAGCAGCAGGGGGAGCCAGAGAGCACCAGACAGUCAGUGCCCGUUGAACUGGUGGUUGGCACAGAGGAGAGGAUACCCAUCCCUCUCAUGGACUACAUUCUGAACGUGAUGAAGUUUGUGGAGUCCAUCCUGAGCAACAACACCACGGACGACCACUGCCAGGAGUUUGUGAGCCAGAAGGGCCUGCUGCCCCUGGUGUCCAUCCUGGGCCUGCCCAACCUGCCCAUCGACUUCCCCACCUCGGCCGCCUGCCAGGCCGUGGCCGGGGUCUGCAAGUCCAUACUGACCCUCUCCCACGAGCCCAAGGUGCUCCAGGAGGGCCUGUGUCAGCUGGACAGCAUCCUGUCCGCCCUGGAGCCGCUCCACCGGCCCAUCGAGGUGCCCGGGGGCUCCGUGCUGCUCCGCGAGCUGGCCACGGCCGGCCACGUCACCGACGCCACCCUGUCGGCCCGCGCCACGCCGCUGCUGCACGCGCUCACCGCCGCGCACGCCUACAUCCUCAUGUUCGUCCACACCUGCCGCGUGGGACAGAGCGAGAUCCGAGCCAUCUCUGUGAACCAGUGGGGCUCCCAGCUGGGCCUGAGUGUCCUGAACAAGCUGAGCCAGCUCUACUGCUCCUUGGUGUGGGAGAGCACUGUGCUGCUGUCUCUCUGCACCCCCAACAGCCUGCCCCCUGGCUGUGAGUUCGGCCAGGCUGACAUGCAGAAGCUGGUGCCCAAGGAGGAGAAGCCGUCUGGCAGCAGCAGCUCCUCAGCAGCCGCCUCCACCUCCAGGAGAAGCGCUGACGCAGAGGCCGUGUCUGUGGACCCGUCCGCCCAGGGCCUGCUGGAGGGCAUGGGGCUCGACGGGGACACGCUGGCCCCCAUGGAGACCGACGAGCCCGCCGCCGCCGACCCCAAGGCCAAGUCGAAGCUCACCCCUGCCAUGGCCACACGCAUCAAGCAGAUCAAGCCCCUGCUGUCUGCCUCCUCCCGUCUGGGCAGGGCCCUGGCUGAGCUGUUUGGUCUUCUGGUCAAGCUGUGCGUGGGCUCCCCGGUGCGCCAGCGCCGCUCGCACCACGCCACCAGCACCGGCACGGCUCCCACGCCGGCCGCCCGCGCCACCGCCUCCUCCCUCACCAAGCUGCUCACCAAGGGCCUCAGCUGGCAGCCGCCGCCCUACACCCCCACGCCUCGCUUCAGACUGACCUUCUUCAUCUGCUCUGUGGGCUUCACGUCGCCCAUGCUGUUCGAUGAGAGGAAGUACCCCUACCACCUCAUGCUGCAGAAGUUCUUCUGCUCCGGCGGCCAUGACGCCCUGUUCGAGACGUUUAACUGGGCCCUGUCCAUGGGGGGCAAGGUGCCCGUGUCAGAGGGGCUGGAGCACGCCGACCUGCCCGACGGCACGGGCGAGUUCCUGGACGCCUGGCUGAUGCUGGUGGAGAAGAUGGUGAACCCCAGCACCGUGCUGGACUCUCCCCACUCCCUGCCCGCCAAGGUGCCUGGCAUCACGCCCACCACGCCCCAGUUCAGCGCCCUGCGCUUCCUCAUCGUCACUCAGAAGGCGGCGUUCAACUGCAUCCGCAGCCUGUGGAACCGCAAGCCCCUGAAGGUGUACGGAGGCCGCAUGGCUGAGUCCAUGCUGGCCAUCCUCUGCCACAUCCUCCGGGGGGAGCCCGUCAUCCAGGAGCGCCUGGCCAAGGAGAGGGAGGGCACGGCGCGGCCGGAGGAGGAAGGGCCCCCCGCAGGGCCCGUGGUGGCUGUCGGGGCCCCUGGAGCGCCCGUGGUGGUGGGGGAGGGGCCCCCAGGACCAGGGCCUGCAGCCGGAGGACCGCCUCCACCAGCAGCACCUACACCAGCAGCAGCAGGAGGGGGUGGAGGAGGAGGAGGAGGAGGAGGAGGAGGGGGGGGUGGAGGAGGAAGAGGAGCGGACGACUCCACUAACUCUACCCCCAGGAGAGAUCCUCAGGUCAACCAGCCCCAGCUAACUCAGGGAGGAAGCAGAGAGAGAGAGAGGCAGUCACAGGUCAACCUGCAGCAGCUCCAGCAGCUGAUGGACAUGGGUUUCACCCGGGAGCACGCCAUGGAGGCCCUGCUCAACACCAGCACCAUGGAGCAGGCCACCGAGUACCUGCUCACACACCCUCCUCCACUGCUGAGCGGAGCUGUCAGAGACCUCAGCAUGUCUGAGGAGGACCAGAUGAUGAGGGCCAUCGCCAUGUCCCUGGGACAGGAGGUCAGCAUGGAGCAGCGCUCCGACUCCCCAGAGGAGGCGGCGCGGCGCCGCGAGGAGGAGGACCGGCGUGCGCGGGAGCGCGCGGAGGAGGAGGAGGCCCGCUGCCUGGAGCGCUUCCUGGAGGCGGAGCCGCUGGACAGCGGCGAGCUGCACGCCUUCACAGACUCCAUGCUGCCCGGCUGCUUCCACCUGCUGGACGAGCUGCCCGACACGGUGUACCGCCUCUGUGACCUGCUCAUGACCGCCAUCAAGAGGAAUGGCCCCGAGUACCGAGACCUCAUCCUGCGCCAGGUGGUCAACCAGGUGUGGGAGGCGGCCGACGUGCUGAUCAAGGCAGCCGUGCCCCUGACCACCAGCGACACCAAGACCGUGGCAGAGUGGACCAGACAGAUGGCCACCCUGCCCCAGGCCUCCAACCUGGCAACCCGCAUCCUGCUGCUCACGCUGCUGUUUGAGGAGCUGAAGCUGUCUUGCGCCCGCGUGGUGGAGAACAGCGGCAUCCUGGCGGUGCUGACCAAGCUGCUGGAGGUGGUGCAGCCCUGCCUGCAGGCUGCUCAGGAGCAGAAGGACGUCCACACCCCCAAGUGGAUCACCCCAGUGCUGCUCAUCAUCGACUUCUACGAGAAGAUGGCCGUCUCAUCCAAGCGCAGAGCCCAGAUGAACAAAUACCUGCAGCCCAACGGGAACAACUGGCGUUGGUUUGACGACCGGUCGGGCCGCUGGUGCAGCUACAGCGCCUCCAACAACAGCACCAUCGACUCGGCCUGGCGUGCCGGGGAGAGCAGCGUGCGCUUCACGGCCGGCCGCCGCAGAUACACCGUGCAGUUCAACACCAUGGUGCAGGUGAAUGAGGAGACUGGUAACAGGAGGCCUGUGAUGCUGACUGUCCAGAGAGUGCCCCGCGUGCCCAAACCCUCCAAGGCAGGCAGCGUGGCUGACACCGAGAGAGAGGAGAGUAAGACCCUGGAGGAGACCCAGACAGACCCAGACUCCGCCUCCACCGCGGUGGAGAUGAGCGCCCCCAAGGACGAGGGCCCCCAGCAGAAGGAGCCCCCCUCCUCCACGGGGCCCUCGGCGCCCCCGGCCCCCCCCUGCACCGUCCCGGACCCCCCCUCCUCCACCUCGGCGUCGGAGCGUUCCCCGGGCGGGGCCAUCGUGGUGCAGGGCCUGACGGACGAGAUGACCACGGUGCUGAUCCGCGCCUGCGUCAGCAUGAUCAGCGUGCCGGUGGACCCCGACACGCUGCACGCCACGCUGCGCCUCUGCCUGCGCCUCACGCGCACCCACCACUACGCCAUGAUGUUCGCCGAGCUGAAGAGCACGCGCAUGAUCCUGGGGCUCACGCAGGGCUCCGGCUUCAACGGCUUCACACCGCUCGUCACGCUGCUGUUCCGGCACAUCAUCGAGGACCCGGCCACGCUGCGCCACACCAUGGAGAAGGUGGUGAGGUCUGCCGUGACCAGCGGGGCGGGCAGCACCACGUCAGGCGUGGUGUCUGGCAGCCUGGGCUCCCGGGAGAUCAACUACAUCCUGAGGGUCCUGGGCCCCGCCGCAUGCCGCAACCCCGAGUGCUUCGCCGACACGGCCAACAGCUGCGUCCGCAUCGCGCUGCCAGCACCCCGCGGGGCAGGCACCGCGUCAGACGACGAGUUUGAGAACCUGCGCAUCAAGGGCCCCAACGCGGUGCAGCUGGUCAAGACCACGCCCCUCAAGCUGUCCCCGCUGCCCGCCAUCCCAGACACCAUCAAGGAGGUCAUCUACGACAUGCUCAACGCCCUGGCGGCCUACCACGCCCCCGAAGAGGCUGAGCGUCCCGAGGAGCGUGCAGCGACGGCUCCAGCUGGUCCGGACCUGUGUCAGAUCCUGCAGGAUGUGGGCGACGACGUGUACCAGCAGUACAGACUCACACGGCAGGGCAGCGACUUUGACUCGCAGUCUGCCUUCCACAUCAACGCUCAGGUGUUUGCUGCAGACGGAGGUGUGGCUGAGUCCUCCCAGUCUGGAACGCCCCAAGGAGAAGCCUCCACGCCAGAGGAGAUGCGAGAGGAGAAGAAGGAGGUGGAGGGGGAGAAGGGGGCCGGCUCGGAGGAGGGCAAGGGGGCCAAGGCCAAGGCCAGCAAGCCCCUGAUGCCCACCUCCACCAUCCUGCGCCUGCUGGCCGAGCUGGUGCGCUCCUACGUGGGCAUCGCCACGCUCAUCGCCUCCUACUGCUACACCGCCGGCCAAUCAGAGCUCAUCAAGGAGGACUGCAGUGUUCUGGCCUUUGUCCUGGACCACCUGUUGCCUCACACCCAGAACUCUGAGGACAAGGACACCCCCGCCCUGGCACGCCUCUUCCUGGCCAGCCUGGCGGCCGCCGGCACAGGCACCGACGCCCAGGUGGCCCUGGUCAACGAGGUGAAGGCAGCGCUGAGCCGGGCGCUGGCCAUGGCGGAGGGCACGGAGAAGCACGCCAGGCUCCAGGCAGUGAUGUGCAUCAUCAGCACCAUCAUGGAGUCGUGCCCGUCCACCUCCAGCUUCUACAGCACAGCUGCCGCCAAGACGCAGCACAACGGCAUGAACAACAUCAUCCGCCUCUUCCUCAAGAAGGGCCUGGUCAACGACCUGGCCCGCGUGCCCCACAGCCUCGACCUGUCCAGUCCCAACAUGGCCAACACGGUGAACGCCGCCCUCAAGCCCCUGGAGACCCUGUCUCGCAUCGUCAACCAGCCCAGCAGCCUGUUCGGGGGCAAGGGAGGCUCCAGCAAGAGCAAGACGGAGCACGACACUGUGGGCGCCACCAGGGACAGCAACAGCAACACACAGGACCCAGGAGACUCUGGGGAGGCUGAGCCUGUGGAGGGCAGCCUCAGGGUCCAGGGCCCAGACAACGACCUGAUGGACGGAGAGACGGAGGGAGACUCCGUGGUCAUCGCCGGCCAGCCUGAGGUCCUCAGCACACAAGCUAUGCAGGUGGAGAACGAGCUGGUGGAUCUGAUCGAUGAGCUGCUGGAGAGAGACGCCGGAGCCGUCAACAGCACCAUCAUCGUAGGGCGUAGUGGCGAGGAUGAAUCCCAAGAGGACGUGCUGAUGGACGAGGCCCCCUCCAACAUCAGCCAGGCGUCCACGCUGCAGGCCAACAGAGAAGACUCCAUGAACAUCCUGGAGCCCGAGGAUGAGGAGCACACGCAGGAGGAAGACUCGAGCGGCAGCAACGACGACGAGGACAGCCAGGACGAGGAGGAGGAAGAGGAGGAGGAGGAGGAGGAAGACCAGGAUGACGAGGAAGGCGACGAGGAUGAUGACGACGAGGGCUCCGAGAUGGAGCUGGACGAGGACUUCCCCGACAUCAACGCGGCGCCGCACAUCCGCUUCGAGAGGUUUGACAGGGACGACGACCUCAUCAUCGAGUUUGACAACAUGUUUUCCACCACGGCUGACAUCCCUCCCUCCCCAGGCAACAUCCCCAGCUCCCACCCCCUGAUGGUGCGGCACGCCGACCACGGCUCCCUCACCCUGGGCGGGGCGGGCACCAGCAGCCGGCUGGCGCCAGGCAUGGGCCGCAACCAGCGCACGCUGCGCCAGCUCACCGCCAACACAGGCCACACCAUCCACGUGCAUUACCCCGGCAACCGCCAGCCCAACCCCCCGCUCAUCCUGCAGAGGCUGCUGGGCCCCAGCGCGGCAGCAGACAUCCUGCAGCUGUCCAGCUCCCUGCCCCUGCAGUCCCGCGGCCGCGCCCGCCUCCUGGUGGGCAACGAGGACGUGCACAUCAUCGCCCGCUCGGACGACGAGCUGCUGGACGACUUCUUCCACGAGCAGAGCAGCACCGGGGGACAGGCCGGAACCCUCUCCAGCAUCCCCACCGCCCUAACCCGCUGGACGGACGAAUGUAAGGUGCUCGACGCGGAGAGCAUGCACGACUGUGUUGCCGUGGUGAAGGUGCCCGUGCUGCAGCACCUGGAGAGCCUGAGGGACGAGGAGCUGGAGGAGCGCAGGGAGAAGAGGAGGAGGCAGCUGGCCGAGGAGGAGGAGGCCAAGCAGAACGAGAGGAGGACCUCUGGAGGAGGAGGAGGAGAGGAGGCCAGGGAGCAGAGUCUGCAGGGUUCUGAUCUGGGGACCGUCAACGGUGCUGGAGAGAACACAGCAGAAGGUGAGCAGGCCCAGGGCGGGGCCGGGUCCUGCCUGGACCCCCCCAGCGUGUCGGAGGGCUUCCUCAGCGCCCCUCCCUCUGGGGAGCUCACGCCCACCACGCCCGCCCCCCACCAACAGGCCCUGGUCUCCCUGGAGACGGCCAUCAGCCAGCAGGUCCACCAGCCCAUCGCAGACCUCCUGCUGGGAGAGUCCCACGCCAACUCGCUGGUGGCCCUGGCGGGGGCGGGCCUGCCCCCCCUGUCAGUAGGAGAGCGGCCCCACUGUGACGUGGAGGCGUCCCAGAUGGAGAUGUCCCCGGCGCCCACUACUGGUGAGAGAGCAGGAGGAGGAGGAGGAGCGAUGGAUGGAGUCAGGGAAGCCUCCCUCAGCCCAGACAUAGUCGAGACGUCUGAGCCCGCCGCCGUGGGCGUGUCACAGCUCGAGGGGUCACCCAUGGAUACCAGUAGCCCCGCCUCUGCCACGCACGAAGACCCCGCCCCCAACCCUGUCCAGCCAGGUCACCUGUCCCAGGAACUGUCUGGAAGUGGGGACAGUGGCCUGACAGACAGGCAGACGGACGCAGAGACUGGCUCAACCUCAGUCUCCUCCCCUGGUGAGACCAUCCCCAGGAGUGACAGCGCCGACAGCCAAUCACAGGCCAUCCAGGAAGAGCCUCUCCCAUCCACCAGCAACGAGGAUGAGGACCCACUGGCAGGCAUCAGUCUGCCGGAGGGUGUUGACCCGUCCUUCCUGGCGGCCCUGCCCGAAGACAUCCGCCGGGAGGUCCUGCAGAACCAGCUGGGCAUCCGGCCUCCGUCCCGCCCCCCGGCCACAUCCAACCUGCCCUCCACCACCACCCCCGUGCUGGGCGGAGGGCCCGGGGUCACAGAGGUCAGCCCCGAGUUCCUGGCUGCCCUGCCCCCCGCCAUUCAGGAAGAGGUCCUGGCCCAGCAGAGAGCCGAGCAGCAGAGGCGGGAUCUCUCCCAGCAGCCCCCCACCAGCGACACGCCCCUGGACCCCGUCACCUUCAUCCAGACGCUGCCGUCGGAGCUGCGGCGCAGCGUGCUGGAGGACAUGGAGGACAGCGUGCUGGCCGUCAUGCCCCCGGACAUCGCGGCCGAGGCGGCGGCCCUGCGCCGCGAGCAGGAGGCGCGCCAGCGGCAGCUGAUGCACGAGCGCCUGUUCGGACACAGCUCGUCCUCGGCCCUGUCGGCCAUCCUGCGCUCGCCCGCCUUCACCAGCCGCCUGGGCGGCAACCGGGGGGUCCAGUACACACGACUGGCGGUGCAGAGGGGGGGCACCUUCCAGAUGGGCGGGGGGGCCAACCACAGCAGACCUUCCAGCUCCAGCGUGGACUCCCUCCUGCGCCUCCGCGGCCGCCUGCUCCUGGACCACGAGGCCCUGUCCUGCCUGCUGGUGCUGCUGUUCGUGGACGAGCCCAAGCUCAACACCAGCCGGCUGCACCGCGUGCUGCGCAACCUGUGCUACCACUCGCAGACGCGCGGCUGGGUGAUCCGCAGCCUGCUGUCCAUCCUGCAGCGCAGCAGCGAGAGCGAGGUGUGCCUGGAGACGUCCCGCCUGGACGAGGCCCGCGGGAAGAGGGCCGCCGCCUCGCAGGCGGGCUGCGGGGGCAAGGCGGCCUCCCAGGCCUCGUCCUCCCUCUCGUCCUCGUCCUCCUCCUCGUCCUCCUCCCUGGAGCUGCUGAACAGGGUGGAGUCCCGCAGCUCCUCCCAGCUCUCCUGGCUCUCCGUUUCCAUGGACGCGGCGCUGGGCUGCCGGACGAACAUUUUCCAGAUCCAGCGGGCGUCCGGGAGGAAGCACGCCGACCGCCACUCCUCGGCCGCCGCCGGCGGCUCGUCCGGGGCGGGGACGCUGGGCGGGGCCAUGUCGGGGGCCGGAGGGGGCGUGACCUGCGCCUCCGGGGGCGGCUCCACCGUCCACAUCCACCCCCAGGCAGCUCCCGUGGUCUGUCGUCAUGUACUGGACACACUCAUCCAGCUGGCUAAGGUGUUCCCCAGUCACUUCACCCAGCAACGCUGCAAGGACCUCCUCUCCUCGUCGUCCUCGUCCGACCUGGACGCCCGUCUGUGUGCCGUGGCCUCUGGAGGGGGAGGAGGAGGGGGAGGAGGAGGAGGCGGCUCCAGAGGUGGGGCCACCUCCCAGAACAACCCCUCCUCCAACCCCCCCGGCAACCCCUCCUCCGGCCAGAACUCCCUGGGCUCCUGCUCGGCCGCCCAGUCCCUGGGCAUCUCCACCGACUUCUGGGACCUGCUGGUCAAGCUGGACAACAUGAACGUGAGCCGCAAGGGCAAGGCCUCCAUGAAGACGGUGCCUCUGGGCGGCGCGGGCGAGGCGGAGGGCGCCCAGCUGAGCCUGGAGGCGUCUCCGCUGGGCCAGCUGAUGAACAUGCUGUCCCACCCGGUGAUCCGCCGCAGCUCCCUGCUCACUGAGAAGCUGCUGCGCCUGCUGUCCCUCAUCUCCAUCGCCCUGCCCGACAACAAGGCCACCGAGGUGCCCGCCGGGCACCCCGCCCCGCAGGCCGGCAUCGCCGCCGCCGGCAUCGCCAACCCGGCCACGUCCACCACCACCAGCGUGGCUGCAGCCCCCGUGCCGGCGGGCGUGGCCCAGGGCUCGGUGGUCCCCGGGGCGGUGUUGCUGGGCGCCGUCCAGGGCUCGUCCUCAGGGACGGGGCUGGCCCAGACGUCCUCCACGGCCGUGUCCAUCACCUCCACCUCUGGAGCCGGCUCAGCAGGGAAGCAGAGAGGAAUCGUCAGCAGUGAGAGUGACACCAAGCUGGCAUCAACGGGACUCACAGAGAAACAGCUGCAGUUGUCCGUGGAGGUGUUGACCUCCCACUCGUGUUCAGAGGAGGGUCUGGAGGACGCGGCCAACAUCCUGUUGCAGCUGUCCAGAGGAGACGGAGCCACCAGGGACACGGUGCUCAGACUGCUGCUGAGCGGGGCCCGCCACCUGGGGUACACACUCUGCAAGCAGAUCGGUACUCUGUUGGCUGAGCUGAGGGAGUACAACCUGGAGCAGCAGAGACGAGCCCGGGCCGACGCCCAGUCACCUGACGCCCCGUCUGACGACUCGUCCCUGUCCGCCAGGCUCAGGGGCAAGGUGCCCAGCAGGCGGGGGCGCAGGUUCGACGGGUCGGAGAGCGUGGUGAUCGUGGCGGCCCAGAAGCGCACGCUGGGGGGCCGCGAGCUCCAGCUGCCCUGCAUGAGCUCCCUGACCUCCAAGACGUCCACGCAGAAGUUCUUCCUGCGCGUGCUGCAGGUCAUCAUCCAGCUGAGGGAGGACACACGCCGCGCCAACAAGAAGGCCAAGCAGACAGGACGGCUAGGCUCCACCAGUCUGGGCUCGGCCAGCAGCAUCCAGGCCGCCGUGCGCCAGCUGGAGGCCGAGGCGGACGCCAUCAUCCAGAUGGUGAGAGAGGGGCAGCGGGCACGCCGCCUCCAGCAGGCCCCGCCCCCCACCGCCGCUGCCGUCGUGGCCGCCGGAGCCUCGGUCGCGGCCCCCCAUGUCCCCGCCGCUGCCCCGCCCGCAGCCCCACCCAGCGCUGCUGCUGCUGCCGCCGCCACGUCAGAGGUGCAGGCAGAGUCUCAGGCCGCCCAGAGGGACGACUCCCCCAUGGAUGUGGACCAGCCCUCCCCUCUGGACCAGGACCCUGCCCCCCUGGACGAAGAGGGCAACAGCCAAUCAGAGAACGAGGAAAGGUUGCCGGACCUCCCCCUGCUGAGCGAGCAGCUGCUAUUGGACGAGCUGUGGGACAUGCUCGGGGAGUGUCUGAAGGAGCUGGAGGAGUCCCAUGACCAGCACGCUGUCCUGGUGCUGCAGCCGGCGGUGGAGGCCUUCUUCCUGGUCCACGCCACGGAGCGCGAGAGCAAGCCGCCGGUGCGCGACACGCGGGAGAGCCAGCUGUCCCACAUCAAGGACGAGCCCCCGCCCCUGUCCCCAGCGCCCCUCACCCCCGCCACGCCCUCCUCCCUGGACCCCUUCUUCUCCCGGGAGCCCUCCUCCAUGCACAUCUCCUCCAACCUGCCCCCCGACACGCAGAAGUUCCUGCGCUUCGCUGAGACGCACCGCACCGUGCUCAACCAGAUCCUGCGUCAGUCCACCACCCACCUGGCCGACGGGCCCUUCGCCGUGCUGGUCGACUACAUCCGCAUCCUGGACUUCGACGUCAAGCGGAAGUACUUCCGCCAGGAGCUGGAGCGUCUGGACGAGGGCCUGAGGAAGGAGGACAUGGCGGUGCACGUGAGGAGGGACCACGUGUUCGAGGACUCGUACCGAGAGCUGCACCGCAAGAGCCCAGAGGACAUGAAGAACAGACUGUACAUUGUGUUCGAGGGCGAGGAGGGCCAGGAUGCCGGCGGCCUGCUGAGGGAGUGGUACAUGAUCAUCUCCCGGGAGAUGUUCAACCCCAUGUACGCCCUGUUCCGCACCUCGCCCGGCGACCGCGUCACCUACACCAUCAACCCGUCGUCCCACUGCAACCCCAACCACCUCAGCUACUUCAAGUUUGUGGGCCGCGUGGUGGCCAAGGCCGUCUACGACAACCGGUUGCUGGAGUGCUACUUCACCCGCAGCUUCUACAAGCACAUCCUGGGCAAGAGUGUUAGGUAUACUGACAUGGAGAGCGAGGACUACCCCUUCUUCCAGGGCUUGGUGUACUUACUGGAGAACGAUGUGUCCACCCUGGGCUACGAGCUGACAUUCAGCACUGAGGUUCAGGAGUUUGGGGUGUGUGAGGUGCGGGACCUGAAGCCCAACGGGGCCAACAUCAUCGUGACGGAGGAGAACAAGAAGGAGUACGUGCACCUGGUGUGCCAGAUGAAGAUGACCGGUGCCAUCCGUAAGCAGCUGGCCGCCUUCCUGGAGGGUUUCUAUGAGAUCAUCCCCAAGAGGCUCAUCUCCAUCUUCACAGAGCAGGAGCUAGAGCUGCUCAUCUCCGGCCUGCCCACCAUCGACAUCGACGACCUCAAGGCCAACACCGAGUACCACAAGUACCAGUCCAGCUCAAUACAGAUCCAGUGGUUCUGGAGGGCCCUGCGCUCCUUCGACCAGGCCGACCGGGCCAAGUUCCUGCAGUUUGUUACAGGCACCUCCAAGGUGCCCCUUCAGGGCUUCGCCGCGCUCGAGGGCAUGAACGGCAUCCAGAAGUUCCAGAUCCAUCGCGACGACCGCUCCACCGACCGCCUCCCCUCAGCCCACACCUGCUUUAACCAGCUGGACCUCCCAGCCUACGAGAGCUAUGAGAAGCUGAGACACAUGCUGCUGAUGGCCAUUCAGGAAUGCUCCGAGGGAUUCGGACUGGCUUAGACACUGAGACUCUUAAACCAAUGCCGCGCACACACACACACACACAUACACGAUUUAGAUUUGCCUACUCUUGACAGAUUCAAACUGAGGACACACGCACUCUUACACUAUUAUAGACGCAAAUGGCCUAGGUUUACUGGUUUCUAAUCCCAUGUAAAAGAAAGUCAGACCAGCAAGCCAGACGGACUGAUUGACAUUGCCUACUACACACAGAGCCUCAUGUUGACACACACAACUGUACCUGGUAUAUUUGUGCGUCUCCCCUCUUCCUUCCCUAUUAAAAUGACAACCCUGAGUGGAGGCAGAGGAUAAACACAUGGACUAAUAUAAAAGACAUUUUCUCCAUUUAGUUUGAUUUCUCUGUACAAAAGGUUUGGGAGUUUAUUAUGUUUAAUCUUUUUUGUUCUUCUCUGGCUGUGUAAAAAGGAGAAGGUUGUUUGUGUGUGAACAGGAUGGUUAUAAAACCUUUGGGGAAAAAAUGUUGGUUUCUCGUUGCAAAUUUGUGACCUCAUAAGCCUUGAAAGAUGGGUGUUUUUAGGGGGAGGGGGCAGGGUUAAAUAACUUGAGAAGUUUUGAAGAAAUUCAGGAAAAUGCACUUUUCAAAGUUUUGUGGCAUUUUUAAGGAAGGAUGGUACAAAAAAACGAACAAGUGAAGGAGAAGAAAUUAACCACAAAAUCUAGAGUAUUUUUGGCUAUUAAAUCGCUGACCCAGCCUUGAGCCUUUGAAUCAGAGUGAAAUAACUACAUGAAUAAAUGCAUAAAAUUGA